AUGUCCCGCGCUCGCCACUCGUCCCGCGACAUCGAGUUCGACCUUCCCGGAGCGCUCGACGACAUGGCGGGCCUCGCCUCGAAGGCUGCGAUCGGACAUGGUGCACGAGACGUCGAGGUUUUCGGCAAUGGCCGUCAGGGACGUCCCGCCGAGCGCCAGUCCUGCGACGUGCAGCCGCCGCCUGCGGCCAGCAAGAAGGACACCGUGGUUAUUAUAUCGACCAACAACCCAGGCAGGCUCAUGCUCUUUGCCGCCCUCAACCCAAAGCUCGGCGAGGUGAUCGACUGGAAGACGCCCGCCGAUUACGGCGGCUUUGGCGGCGACGAGCUGCGCCUGUUCGAGUCGGACGUCAUCCUGUCGUACGUCGCCGACAAGUACGCUCCGCUGCUCGAGAACGACUGCCGCGGCCCGACGGUCGAGGCUCGCGCGCUGAGCGCCCUCCUCGUCCGCGCCGUCUUCUACAAGGCUGCGAUGCCGGGCCCGGAGCGGGCCGCUCGCCUCAAGGACCUCCUCAAGCAGCUCGAUCUUGUCGAGUCGCUGCUGCGGCCCGCGGGGCCCUACUGUGUCGGCGACGCGAUCUCCUUCGCCGACGUCGUCCUCUACCCGACCGUCGCCAUGAUGCAGGACCAGGCCGCCGCUUCGCUCGUGGGGUCCGUCACCGAGGGCCGUCCAAAGCUGGCGGCGUGGCUGGCGCACUGCAACGCCGACCCGCGCUUCCGUGGCGUCGCCGAUAAGAUCAAGGCCUUCGUCGACACCUUCCUGGGCAAGGCCGUCGCCGGCAUCACCGCCAAAGGGUGCGGAUAA